AUGCUUCCUACCCUCGCUUUAUUCUCUGUACUUACCGCUCUCACCGCUUCGGUCUCGGCUGUACCAUGUGUACAAUUCGAUUCCAGUUGGAAUCUGUACGCGUUCGGUGGUAGUGAAGAUGUCAAACUGGGUGCUAAUACCACUUGGUCCUCACCUUCGACGUCUACUUUGUCCUCAUCUGGACGACCCCCUUGGACUGGUACCAACUCGCAAUGUAUCCUCUCUCAAACCAACAAUGCGUUGUAUGUCGUCGGAAGUGAUAGCAGUGAUCUAAGCAAAAUCUACGUAUACAACUUCGCUUCUGAUUCAUGGUCUACCCAAACCACUUCCGGUGCACCCUCCGAUCUGGGUAACUCCCGAUCCGCCUCUGUCCUCGACCACGACACCAACGUCAUCUACACCCUCACCACCUCAUCCGGACUAUACCAACUUGACAUGUCUAGCGUAACCAACUCUGCCUCCUCGAGCGCAUUAGCAUGGGAAGCAGUUGAGAACUCUUCUUUCUCCGUCGAUGGAUACACCGUCACUGCUACUCAGGCGGCCAACCACAUCUUCUACUUUGGUGUACCCAACACAGCAGCUGGAUCAGCCAACGUAUUCGUAGUGCACUAUGCCUACUUCCAACCUGAUGCUCAGGCUUUCAAUGGAACCGCUUUCCCCGAUACAGCCGGACAAGCCAUUUCAAUCCCAACUGAAUCAGAUAGCGUACCCUACUCUAUGGUCUUUGUCCCUAACGACUUCUCCAACACCUAUAUCGCUACUCAUUGGACCGACCUGGGUGAUUACACUGUUACUUCAGAUGCCCCAUUCGCCACCGAUUUGAUCAACUCCACUCAAACCAUCCCUGCUCCCACUUCGCAAGACAAGACAGCUUCGUAUGCUGCCUCACCAUAUGAUCUGGUACAAGUUGAUUCUUCAGGUGACAUAUAUUACUACGCUACUCCCGUCAACGCAGAUUAUACCGUGUCGUCAAGUGGUUCAUGGCAAAAACUAAGUUAUUCUGUAUCGGGCGGAUCGACCUCUUCUACCAACUCAACUUCAUCUGCUGCUUCUUCUGCUUCCGCAUCUGCAUCCGGAUCACAAGCUUCAGGAAGUGCUACUGCCAGUAAGACCGCGAGUGGUUCUUCGUCCGCUUCGGCCAGUGGUUCUGCUGCGUCCUCAUCCUCGUCGUCUUCUUCUUCGGGUGCUGGGAAGAAUGUAGUUGCCAGUGGUGAUUUGUUGGGUUUGGCUGCGGGAGUGGUAGCUUUAGGUGUUAGUAUGUUGAUAUAA